AUAAAUAGUUAAGAUUAGUUUCAAUCUUUUGGUCUUAUUUAUUUUGGUUUUGACAUUUAUGCAUUUUUGUUUACAUCCGGACCAAAAUUUAAGCAGUAGAUUUGCUUAUAACUGUACGUGUACGGUAUAAGUGUUACUUACUUUCACAGGCUUGUGUUUUAAUAAUGAACAUAAAUUGAUGCAUAUUAACUCCCUCUGGUUGGCAUAGAUAAACAUCUACAUUAACUGGCAAAAGUGAUACAAAGCUUAAGGAUGAGUUUUUAUGAAGAUGGUACUAAUAUCGAAAUGAAAGAAGGUUCUGCACAAGGUUCUUCUCAAGACUGUGAUGCAGUUAGGUGUAUGCUGUUGGAUCGUGUUUCCAAAAGUAGUGCUUUUUUCAAGAAUCAGCAAAGAGGAGAAGCUGAUCUUACAGUGGAACAGAAAUGGGAAAUUGCCAAUGAAAUUUUAAAUAAAAGCCAUUCACUAUUCCUACAAAGAUUUGGUAAAUAUUUAGAGUUUGAGGACUUAGUUUAUUUUGAGCCAUAUAGAAAUAUCUAUGAUGUGGAGUUUUAUUUGAAGGAAAUAAAGAAAAGACUUGAUAGCAAAAGAAACACUGUUAAUGUUAGAAAUAGACGAUAUGAAGCAUUGCAAAAGCUAAUUAAAGAAGGAACUUACUUCAGUGAUAGAGAAAUGAAGAAAAGAAACCCAUUGUUAUAUGAAGAAAUGGUGGAGAAGUACAUGUCUGAUAGUGAAAGAGAAGAGGCAGAAAAACUUGAACUAAAAGACUUCAAGUUUUCUACAUUUCUUAUGGAGCAUAUAGAGCGAGAAGAAGUACAAAACCGUCGACAGCAUCAGGAAGAUGAAGAAAAUGCAGUUUGGGAAGAAGGUGACAGUGACAGUGAUGAGGAAGAAGAAAUGACUGACGAAAUAUCAGAACAUGAAAAAUUGAUGUUGAGGAAUGAAUUUAUGAAUAUUAUGUAUGAAAAUUUCUUGGCUGGAAAAGAUGAGGACUUUGAGUACAGUAAAGUGGACGAUAACACUGAAUAUGACUCACUACAGCUUCGAGAAGCAGAUGAAGAAGAGGAAUACUUUGACUCUGAAGAACCAGAAUUUAUUGAAUCAUCAUGAGUUAUAUAUUAUAAGAUCUUAUGAAAGUUUUACUUUAUACCUGUAAAUAUAAAACUUGACUCAUUCAGUUCUUGUUUCUUUAACAUACAAUGGUUAUACUUGUACCACACCUGUAUAUAGAGAAUUGUUUUUAUUUGUCAUUAUCAUUUUGCAAACUUUUUGUAUUUUCCUUGUAUAUUACACAAAAUAAAACAAACAUGUAUAUGUUCAGUCAAAUG